CGCCCGGCGGUUCCAGCAUGCUAGGCAGGGUGCGCUCGGCCAUGGCGCAACUGGUCGGGGGCCUGGGGGGCGGAGGAAGCGGCAGCAACAGCAGCAGCCCCCCGAGCGCGCAGCCCGCCCUCCGGGCCUCUUCGCCGCCGCCGCCGCCCCCUCCUCCUCCUCCAAAGGCGGCGCCUGCUCCGCCCGCUCCCUCCGGGCCCAGCGCCACCAACUCCGGCGGCGCUAGCAGCUCCUGCCGGGAGCCCUCCCGAGAGAGCUUCUCCAGACCAGUGUUCCUGCAGCUCACCGCCGAGGAACUCCAGCUGGCCGACGACCACACCGGCAGAGCCGUCCAGAGCCCCCGCGAGAACCGCCGCCGCCUGCCCUGGAGAACCGGCUACGCCGAGGUAAUAAAUGCUGGCAAGAGCCAGCACAAUGAGGAUCAAGCCUGCUGUGAGGCAGUAUUUGUGGAGAAGCGAGCCAGUCAGAGGAAUAACCCAGUCUCCAAGGAAACAUUUGGAGACCCGGAGGGGCAGUGCAAAAAAGGCCUGUACUUUUAUUACUGGGGUUUGUUUGAUGGACAUGCUGGAAGUGGAGCGGCAGUCAUGGCAUCUAAGUUACUACACUUCCACAUCCGUGAUCACCUCAGGGAAUUAGUAGACAUCCUCCAAGACUCCUCACCUCCUCCGAUCUGCUUGCAAGAUGCUUCACGGACAGUUUCAGGAGAACAAAAUAGGGCUCCCUUGGCAGAGGAAGACGUUGAGGUUCCCAACAGCGCUUUGCCACGUUUCCAUAUGGAGAAGGCAGUUUCCCAUGAGAGCUUGGUAGUGGGAGCCAUUGAGAAUGCAUUCAAAAAGAUGGACAAACAGAUAGAGCAAGAACGGGUAACCCGACACAUAUCUGGAGGCUGCUGUGCUCUGGCUGUGGUUUACCUCCUGGGAAAGUUCUACGUGGCCAAUGCAGGUGAUAGUAGGGCCAUUGUCAUCCGUAAUGGGGAAAUCAUUCCAAUGUCCAGGGAGUUUACUCCAGAGACAGAGAGGCAAAGGCUGCAGUUUUUAGGAUUUUUGAGACCUGAGUUGCUGGGGAAUGAAUUUACACACCUUGAAUUCCCACGAAGAAUCCAGCAUAAGGAACUAGGAAAGAAGAUGCUAUACAGGGACCAAAAUAUGAAUGGCUGGGCAUAUAAAAGGAUAGAAGAAGAUGACCUGAAGUUUCCGCUUGUAUAUGGCGAGGGUAAAAAGGCACGAAUGAUGGCAACCAUUGGGGUGACUCGAGGCCUAGGAGAUCAUGAUCUCAAAGUAUACAGCUCCAACAUCCACAUCAAACCUUUCUUAUCCUGCGUCCCAGAGGUUUGCAUCUAUGACCUCACUCAGUAUGAGCACUGCCCUGAUGACGUGCUUGUGCUGGGCACUGAUGGUAUCUGGGAUGUCACCAGUAAUCAAGAGGUAGCCAAUGUAGUGCUAGAUGUUCUCAUGCGCUAUGAGCCGAAUGACCCAUGCAGAUACACUAUGGUAGCCCAGGAGUUGGUGAUAAGGUCCAGAGGAGUUCUGAAGGACCGUGGCUGGAGGCUGGCCAAUGACAAAUUAGGCUCUGGUGAUGACAUCUCAGUCUUCGUUAUUCCCCUUGGUGGCCCAGGAAACUACACUUGAAGAAGUCCCAGGGCACCUGACCCAUGCUGCUAGACUGUAAGAGACCACUUAUUGCAAACUAGAGGUUGCAGAUCUCUUGCAAUGGAAACAUUCAUGCUUCUUGAGGCUUCAAAAGAGGAUUAAAACCACAAGACUCUUACCCCUGUGGUAAGAGCCCUGUUUCAUCCCAGCUUACUGGAUCCCAGCUGGGGACACAAAACAUAGGCUUGGGCUGUACAACAAAGUCAAGAAACAACUGUUCCUCUCAGGAAUAUUCCUAUAGGCCUUUGAAAGCCAAAAGAAAUCCCAUGUUGCAAGGGCUGCAUUCAUUCAGGGCUCUUGCAAGCAUCAUCCUAGGAAAGGAAAGGGGAUUUGGGUGUGUGUCUCAUUUGUUUGUUACAACAGCAUGGAAAUGUUCUCCAAAUUGAAUAUUGGCACUGGAGUUUCUGAUUUUCUGCAAAAUUUAGUCCUAUUAUUAUAAAGGAGCUACUCAAACUCACUUUGCUGAAUUUCAAGGACACCUUAACUUAAAAUGAGUUUCCUGCCCUGUCCCUGCUGCUAAUUGCUGAAGUAGAACCAAGUAAACAAUGAUUUUUGGUUGAUUCCUUGGAAUUGCUACAGAAAGGCUCUGCACAGCUGUCAUUCUGUAGUCACUGUUUAUGCAUUCAUCAGGGAUUUCUCACUGUAAUGACAAAAAUGGCUGUAGUGUAGCCAAAUUUAUUUAUUCUCAUGAAUGAGUUCUUAGAAGAUGGAAGAAUGAUACAACAGAUUCCUGCUUUAGAUAUUGUAUUUGAGAAUGUCUUCUCUUUUGCCAUAUAAGGGUAAAUUUAUGAGAACAAGCAAACUGUCAUA